CUGUGACGCCCGCGGUGGCGGAGGGGCUCGGCUUGUCAGUACAGAUCAGACUGGAAUGGUGAACAAAUAAGUCUAGGGCCUUAAGUUAAACGCUACUCUCUGAAUAUCUAAAGCUUGUCCUAUCUGCUGUUAAAUUAUAGCAUCUGACUUCCUAGUUGUGGCUUCUGCUUUGAAAUGUUCAUGAAUGUAAAAUAGUACCCCACAGAAUUUGUAUCCCAAAGUCCCCAGAAAAUAAAAGUGUAUUUCAAAAAGUGAAAAUCAGAAGUAGCUGCUGAUAUAGAGAAGAGCACUAAGGAUCAUUUCUUGUGGAAAAUUUUUUAAGAUGUGGUGAAGAAAGAGCCUGUAUUUCCCCCUGUCUGGUAUAUAGUGCCUUAAAAAAUGGGUUUUGGAGGUGACCUGAAGUAUUCUCAUGAUGCUUUAUUAAAACUGCAAGACUGGGAACUACGACUGCUGGAAACAGUGAAGAAAUUUAUGGUAAUGCGAGUAAAAAGUGAUAAGGAGUAUGCCUCCACUUUACAGAAUCUUUGUAAUCAAGUAGAUAAAGAGAGCACUUGUCAAUUGGAUUAUGUCAGCAAUGUGUCCAAGUCUUGGUUGCUCGUGGUACAGCAAACAGAACAGCUGAGCAAAAUAAUGAAGACACAUGCAGAGGAUCUUAAUUCUGGGCCUUUGCAUAGGCUUACAAUGAUGAUCAAAGAUAAGCAGCAAGUUAAGAAGAGUUAUGUAGGUGUUCAUCAGCAGAUUGAAGCAGAGAUGUACAAGGUCACAAAGACAGAACUAGAGAAACUAAAAUCUACCUAUAGACAACUAAUAAAAGAAGUAAAUUCAGCAAAAGAAAAGUAUAAAGAAGCUGUGGCUAAAGGAAAGGAGACUGAGAAAGCCAAAGAUCGGUGUGAUAAAGCCACUAUGAAGCUUCAUAUGUUGCAUAAUCAGUAUGUAUUGGCACUGAAAGGAGCACAGUUACAUCAGCACCAGUAUUAUGAUACUACACUUCCUCUGUUACUUGAUUCACUACAGAAGAUGCAAGAAGAAAUGAUUAAAGCCCUAAAAGGAAUCUUGGAUGAGUAUAGCCAGAUCACCAGUCUUGUAACAGAGGAGAUUGUGAAUGUCCAUAAAGAGAUCCAGACCUCAGUUGAACAGAUAGACCCAAAUUCUGAGUAUAAUGACUUCAUAGAUACUCACAGGUCAUCAGAAGUUGUUGAACAAGAAAUAGAGUUUGAUACGUCUUUACUAGAAGAAAAUGAAAACCUUCAAGCUAAUGAGAUCAUGUGGAAUAAUCUAACAGCGGAGAGUUUACAAGUCACGUUAAAAACAGUAAUAGAAGAACUGAUUCAGACACAGCAAACCCUUUUGAGCAAAGAGGAACUUGUGUUGGAACUGGAGAAAAAGAUAGAAGAGUCAUCUAGGACUUGUGAAAAGAAGUCUGAUAUUGUACUCUUGCUGAGCCAAAAGCAAGCACUGGAAGAACUUAAGCAAACAGUUCAGCAAUUAAGAUGCUCUGAGGCAAAAUUUACAGCCCAGAAAGAACUACUGGAACAAAAGGUUCAAGAGAAUGAUGGGAAAGAGCCACCACCUGUAGUGAAUUAUGAAGAAGAUGCCAGAUCAGUGACUUCUAUGGACAAGAAGGACAAAGUCUCAAGAUUUGACACUAUACGUCAUUCCAUAGCUGGAAUUAUAAGGUCUCCAAAAUCCAUGUUGGGGUCAUCGUCUUUCUUUGAUGUAAUUUCAACCACUGAGAAACCAUUGGCUGAGCAAGACUGGUAUCAUGGUGCAAUUCCAAGAAUAGAAGCCCAGGAGCUGUUAAAACAGCAAGGAGACUUCUUGGUGCGAGAGAGCCACGGGAAACCUGGUGAAUAUGUCCUUUCUGUGUUUUCAGAUGGACAACGGAGGCACUUUAUCAUACAAUAUGCUGAUAAUCAGUAUCGUUUUGAAGGAACUGGGUUUCCAACUAUUCCUCAGCUCAUAGAACAUCAUUACACAACAAAGCAAGUUAUUACAAAGAAAUCAGGUGUUGUUCUGCUGAAUCCUGUUGUUAAGGAUAAGAAAUGGGUUCUCAAUCAUGAAGAUGUCACACUGGGAGAAUUACUGGGUAAAGGUAAUUUUGGUGAGGUAUAUAAGGGAACAUUAAAGGAUAAAACUCCUGUUGCUGUAAAAACUUGUAAAGAAGAUCUUCCUCAGGAAUUGAAAAUAAAAUUUCUGUCAGAGGCCAGAAUACUCAAACAGUAUGAUCAUCCUAAUAUUGUAAAACUUAUAGGAGUUUGCACACAACGACAACCUAUAUAUAUUGUUAUGGAACUUGUUCCAGGAGGUGAUUUCCUGUCCUUUUUAAGAAAAAAGAAGGAUGAGCUAAAAACCAAACAGUUGGUGAAGUUUUCAUUAGAUGCUGCUUCUGGUAUGGCAUAUCUCGAAUCUAAAAAUUGUAUACACAGAGACCUGGCUGCAAGGAACUGCUUGGUAGGUGAAAGCAACAUUUUGAAAAUAAGUGAUUUUGGAAUGUCCCGGCAAGAGGAUGAUGGCGUGUACUCAUCGUCAGGCCUAAAGCAGAUUCCUAUCAAGUGGACUGCUCCAGAAGCUCUCAACUAUGGGAGAUACACAUCUGAGAGUGACGUAUGGAGCUUUGGAAUCCUUUUGUGGGAGACCUUCAGUUUAGGAGUAUGUCCGUACCCUGGAAUGACCAACCAACAAGCACGAGAACAAGUUGAGAAAGGCUACCGAAUGUCAGCACCACAAAAAUGUCCAGAAGAAAUAUAUAAAAUAAUGCAGAGGUGCUGGGACUACAAACCAGAAAACCGGCCAAAAUUCAGUGAGAUUCAGAAAGAGCUGUCUUCAGUCAAAAAGAAAGUGACAUAGUGAUAAACAAGUGCCAAACUCAAUGUGUGGGACUUUAUUUUCCAGUGAAGUAAUUUUUUCCCCUCAAACACUAUGCGUUUAUACAACAUUAUCUGCAAUAUUCUUCUAGGAUUACUUUGAAAUUAUUUUUUUUUAUAUAUACAUGUGUACCGUCUUGAAUGAUGUCUACACCUGCAUUAAAGACAUAUACUGCAAAAUGCUAUAUAUCCAGUCACAGUAAUAUUGUCAUUUAGGUUACAUGUAAACAGAAAAGCACAUACUAUAGAUUUAAGGGACUGUGGCUUCUAUCUGUUUUACAGCAAGUAACUGCUAGUGGCAUUUUUCAGAGGUUUUCUACUUUAAGCUGUGUUCUCACUCUGCUAUCCCUGUCCCAUACGUCAACACUAGUAUCACUCUAAUGUGGUGACUGUCAUACAUAUUGGCCUUAAAAUUUAAGAUAGUUUUGACAAGUAUUUCAGCUAGAAACUUUUCUAUUUUUUAAAUUCUUUCUGCAACUGAUAUUUUAAAGUGAUACUUUAAGGAUGAAGGUCAGUUAGAUUCUGGAUGCAAAUGUGCUUACUGAACAGUGAAAUCCAGAAUUUUCUUUUGUAGAAAAUUGAGUUACUUGUGCAUUUCUUACCAUACUGUAGUAAAUACUUCUGACUUUUGGUGUGAUUUACUUAGGCCAUGCCUUUUCUUCCUACAAAGCCAUCAGAAUUCAGUAAUAUGUCUCCUUUACAAUGACCUAUGUUUAUUUAAGAAGCAAAAAAUCCAAUAUCAAGUCUUGACUACACAUGUUAAGAAAUACUGCAAAUCAUUUGCCUUCCAAGUAAUAUGUAAAAGCAGUAGGCCAACAGAAAGAGGUUUACUAAUGAUAGGAGUAGAUAACAAAUAUUGAUCUUAGGGGAGUCAAAGAGUGUGAAUUGCUAGAUUUGCUUUUGAUUCUGAUUAUUCCAAGAAACCAAAACAAAGAAGUGUGCUUAAAGCCUCUGACAGGCUGAGCAAGGCAGAGUAGAAAUACUAACUUUAUAACUUUUUUAAAUCAUUGCAAUCAGAUUUUAAAAGAAUGGGGACAGGCAAGUUUUAAAUGCCACCAGUAAUAAAAACCUUGUCUAUAUAAGAAAAAAAGUCUGCCAAAAAGAAUAAAAACUUAUUAGAUAGGGGAGGGAGGAAAGGCACAGUUUGUUACUCUGGCUCUGGGUCCUCUUUGCAGCUGUAACUAUUUACUAGGGCCCUACAGAGAAAUAGGAACAUGUUACAGUAUCCUGGUCUGAAUUCCAGAGUUAAAGGUGCUUAAAAUUUUUCCAAGAAUUAACUUACAUUUCUCAGAUCAGGGGAUGACAGUUGCUGCUAAUGCAAAUAAGAAGUAGGGACUGGAAGCAACAUAGCAUCUGCAAUGUUAUUUAGCCCUAUACUUUAUUGUUACAGUGGGAUUGAGAUGUAGUGAAGUCAGUGGCUACAUUACAUUUUCAUUUCUAUUAAGGUGAUUUUCUAUUGUCCACAACAUUUUUGCUCUCUGAAGUGUAUUUAUAGUAGUACUGAGUGGUAAUGUUUAAGGGCUAUGUGUGACCAAAAUGUGUAGUCUAGAUGAGUUUGUCUCUUAUAUUGGAGUUAGUGCCGAAAUAAAACAAUGAAUGAUCAUGCUGGAGCACAUCACCUGUAUUUGAAGUGGAACUGUCAGUAUCCAAAUGUAAGGCAUGGUGACUGCUUCUUGGAUUUAAGUGAUUUUUUUCUUGGAAUUAAGGAAGCAUAUAUAUACUCAUGAAGGCAAGUGUUUGGAAAAUUUGGUGGUAUGAAUUUAAAUGUCCUUAUAAGCAUAGUGAAUAUAUUUACUUAGUUCUAUACUUCCAAGUAGCCCAAAGAUAUUUUUGAAGACCAAUGGGAAACAUUCUUAUUAGUUUGUAUGCUUUCAAGCAGUACAUAAAGUUUGUGCCUUAAUUUGCUAGUAUGCUAAUGCAAGUAUACUAAUAUUUAAGGAAUGUUCCACAAUCAUUUGGAAAAAUCCAAGAUUUAUCCAACUGCAGGUCCUUAUGUAUGCAUCACUAAAGUCUGCAGGUAAUGAUAACAGUGUCUCCUCUGUCAGCAUUCAUAGCUUCUCUGGAGAGUUAAUAUUCUUGUUCUGUGAAAGAGAUGAACUUUGCUAUAUGCUCUCUUGACAGCAAAGAAAUACUGUUUUAUUUCUAUAAGAUAAAAUACUGUUUUAUUUGUCUUAAAUUAACCAGUCACCAUCCUGACUCUCAGGAAAAGAUAAAAAUUGUACUCAUAUUUUACUCUGAAAUAGUUAACAUUUGUAAUUCAUAUCACACUUCUGUUUAAAUUUAAAGACUUUUUAAAACAUGAGAUUUCUACAGCAGCAAAAAAAUUUAUUCUUAUUCCUGAAGUAGACAUCAAUUCAGUUCAAAAAUAAUAACUCUUUGGGAGAAUACCAGAAUGAGUUUAUACAUAUAGAAUAAAUUUAAACACAGGUACGUCUCUUCAAUUAUUUACACUGUUUUCUUAUCAUUAAUUUGACAGUUUGUGGCAGAAUAUGUUCAUCAUGUUUCACCUGUAAUUAUUGCAGUUAUACCAUUUAGGAAGUGGAACCUUUACCUAUAGAUACUGGUUUUAAAUUUUUGUAAAAUUCUCACAGGGAAGCUGAAAAACAAACCUGCCAUAAAAUGAAAUUUAAAAGAAAGAUGUGGUAUUCAAGAACCAAAGCCUCCGUAUCUGCUUUCUAUGGACUUUUGAUGACUUAGUGUUGUAUAGUUUAGCCAGAUACUGGUCAUUUAGCUCACAUAAUGUGUUUAUGCUAGAGAAUAUAGAAAAAAGUUAAGACGCAGUCUCUUUUACAAGUACAGUGUUUCAGGUAGGUUCUUACACCAGCACUGUCCCAACCAGGGAGACCCUGAGGGAAUCCUGAAUUUUUUACACUGUUAAGUGGGAGAAACUCUGAAUACUGUUAAGGGUCAGAUAGAAAUACCUCAGCCUGUUACGUGACAUGGAAUUCAACAGAUUAACUGUUAUUUUCAUCUUUUUCCAAGGAAUUGCAUUCAUAAUUCUAAGAAAUACUGUUUUGAGGGCAAAAAAAUGCAUCAUUAGUUAGUUUUCAAUAGAAAUUAAGCACAUAUGCUAGCUUCAAAUUUCAGUCAUCAGUGAAAUCAUGAGGAUUCUUAAGCAUUUCAAUUUUAUGGAAGGUAAAAUAGUGAAAAGUGUCUUGUCUGAAAACAAACCUUACUUCAGCAAAGUGCGAUUUUGGGGAGUCAACAUCCCACCAAGACGUUCUCUUUGAAAUGUACAUUUUCAUUAGUUUCUAUUGAAACCAAUGAACUAAUUUUUCAUUUAGCAACUGCAGUUGUAUUGCACUUCUUCGUAACAAAAAUCUGCCAUUUGAAGAGUUCCCUAAUAUUUUUACUGAAAGUUUUUAUUGGAACAUGUAUCCCCAGAAGGCUAUUCAGUAAGAACUGCAGUUUGUAAAGUAAGCCUGAUCUUAUUGAUGAGAAUCAGAAAACUUGUUAAGGAAAUAAAUAGUAGGUUAUUCAUACUUAAGUAUUAUUUCAUCCAUGUCUUUGACCACCUGUUAUGCUUACUUAAAUCCUACAAGCACAUCACUAAAACUGACUAUGAAGUUGCCCAUUUGUUAUCUCUUAUAACUAUUUUGUUUUCCCUUUUGCACCCAUUGUAAAGAUGCUAAAGAAAAAACACUUUCCUGAGGUUACAGAGUAACCAACUGUCAGAAGCAUUUAAAAAUCUCUUACCCCUACUCAGAUUUUCCCAGAUAUGCUGCUGCAUGGAUAUUAACAGUAGUGAUUAAGUACUGGCCCUGUUUCCAUUAUUCUUACUGUCGUGUUCUCUAAAUGGCAGUGCCACAGGCAUGCUCAAUACAGUGCAAUAUUUGAAGAGCUGAGUUAGUGUGUAAAAAGUGUCAUCAAACAUGAUACUCAGGAGCAGUAGUUCUGAAAACGGUUGGUUGUCAUAAUUAAUAACAACUCAAUGUAAAGAUAGAAUAAAAAGAAAGAGGCUAAUUGAGAGAAUCCACCUUCUGUAACAUCUGUCCUGUUUAUCAGCAAUAGAAAUAUUUGUUAUGCCAGUGCACUUGGAUUUGUAACACUUUUACGACUGAGCAUAAAAUAGUUUGCUAUUAAAAGAAGAGUUCACCAAUUAUUUUUUUUUCCUAAAGAUUGGAAGGACAUGUGAUAUUGUUGGAAGCAUUCUUGCUAGUCAAGUCAGGAUAUGUGGAGGGAAGGAUACCCCUACUACCAACCAAGGUACAUUUUUUUUUUUCUUCUUAGAAUCGUAUUCAUGCAGUCCUUCACUUUCAGGGAUACAGGACUUUAAUUAGUAAUUAGAAAGUAUAGGGCAAGUCUAAUAUUCCUGAAGUUCCAAAAAAACAUGAGUUUUUAAGAGUGAUGUGGUAAAUUUGAGACAUCAGCUCAAUUAAAAAUGUUUUCUUCUAGUUUCCUUAUGCACAUUUAGUGUAAAACAAAGCAGUCCUUAAACAAUCAUCAGUAACAACUUACAGGAAAAAUGCAUCAACCUCAGAAACCUAUCAAGCUUCUUUAAGAGUAACCUAAGUAAGGAAUGUUUUUUAUAGUCUUGUACUAUAAUUCCCCUAGGAUAGGUUUCCUUUCUAAAAAACUAAAAAAUUAAAAAAAAAAAAUAAAAAAAAAUACACAAAACUAAAAAAAAAAGCUUAAGAAGUUGAAAGCUCCAAGUUGAAACAGAAGAAUCCUUUCACUUGCCACAUUCUGAACAGUCUUUCAAGUAUUACCACAAUUCCUUUCCCAAAACUGAUAAUGUAUCUGUGAUUUCCAGCUCUUACAUACCCUACAGCAUUGCAUAUUAGUGCAUUAUUAACACCCAACCUUACUUUCAGACAAAGGAAUGGAAGAUUCUGUCAUUAAAAAGUACAGCAAGUUCUGCCUGUUAGCUCCCACAUUUUCCUUAACUUCCACAUUCAGUUAUUAGUCAUUGUCUUCACUAUGAUGAGCACCAUUGUUUUAAAAUCAGCAGCUUAUCCCCUAAAUUUCACAGAUUUGACUCUAGAAGCCAACUUGAUUUUGGUUCCACAUCAAAUAAGCAAAAGCUGUUUCUGUAUUUCAGCCUUACUACUAAUCUACAAAAUAGGAGGGUUCAGAUAUACAUUUAUUGUUCUCUCCAAGGGGAUGCUACCUCCACCAAUAACUCUAAGUUUCCCUUAUGUCCCUGUUAUGUCCUUCUGUCUCUUUGACAUAAAAUUUUAACUGGAAUGUAUGUCCAAGUAUAGAACUUGGGUGUUAACUCUGAGUUGUUUCAUUUUCAGGAAGUUGUAUAUUAUUAGUUGUUUUAGAACACCCAUUUUCUCAGACAUCAUCUAGAUAGGACUUAAAUUAGAAUUUUCAGAUGGUUUGGUUUUUUUUUUUUUGUGAGCUAAAGGACUAAUUAGAUUGCUAGCUACGUGUAUUGUCAUUUUGCAGCUGUUUCAGAUUAUAGCUAUGAGAGAGUAGUUCAUUUAUAGAUCUCAGAUUAUGUAUGCCUUCUCUAAAUCAAAAACUGUUAGCCAUACUUACAAAAAAUGGAUAAAUAAAGCCCUCAAAUAUAAUUGACUGAGGUCAUAAAGUGAAAACAUAAAAGAGUCAUGAAGUACAUUCUUUCUUCCUCUAUCCUCCCAGAAUUGAAUGCUUUGUAAAUAAAACUUGCAAUAACUGUUUUUGUGUUUAUAGAUAAAUAUGACCUGUGAACCUCUAUGAUAACCUAGGACUCACAUUGCUACUAGCAAAGAAGGCUUGGAAAAAAGUGCUACUAUUUGGAACUGUCAUUUAGUUUUAGAACUACAAGUUUUUAUAGAUAAAUACAUAACUUAAGUUUUGUGAGUACAGUAAGAGAGACAGCACAUACUUCUCCAUGGAAACCCUUCAUCAAUUUAAGGCAAUUAUGCUUUUUAAAUGGAAAAUCAGAUUGAUCAGCAGUUCCUUCUAGAUUACACAUCUUGAAAGCAUGAGCCAGAAGUUUUCACCACUAAAAAAAGAUCCACGUUACUGUCUUUAUAUACACCCAGCUCAGUCUUUCUCAACACAUAAAGAAUUCCAUAAUUGUUAAAUGCAGUAGUAAUACAAAAUCCUUGGUUAACUGAUACGUAAACUACUUCACUCUGACCUUUUGCUUCAAUUCUUAAUCUUUCUGCUCUUUAAAAAGGGCUGCAAUAAGUUUAUAGUUCUAGCUGAGCCCUGCUGUAAUAAUCUGGGCUGUUGCAACUCCCACACAUUUCCUAAUUCUGAUGGCUCCAGGUACCACAAAUGGUGUCCUUUCAUUUACCUCAAAGGAGUUACUAUUGUGACAGAAAAGUUCAAGUAUAUCCCUGCUUUUGUUUGACUCAAAAAUAUUAUAGUCAUUAUACCUUCAUACCUGUGGCAAUGUGUUUGUAUGAAAAUGGAAGUAACUGUGAAUCAAGGUGAAGCACAUUGUUCCAAACACAUUUUUUGAUCAAGUUACAAACUCUAAAUAUAUCGUGAAAUGUCCACAUCAUAAAGGACAUCAGAAAAACAACAUUCCUGACUGCCUAGUUUACAAUACAGAGUAUCCUGCCCCUACUAGGGAACAAUAUAAAACUAUAUAUGCUCCUUGAAAAAGCAGUGAUUUUGCUUUCAGACCAGAACUAAACAAUACCUUUAAAAUUAACAGCAGUAACUUAAUUCCAACUAAGCCUUUUUGUAAACUUCCUUCUUCUUAACAGACCUUUCCAAAUAGUGUUAAUUUUUAUUAUUGUCAUCCAUUUUGCUGUUAGAAAUUUGACUUCUGUAUAUCAUAUAACAUUUACUUAUACUGGUAAUUAUAUCCACGACUGCCACCAUGAAGUGCUGAGACUUGCAACUUCAGAAGAUAAGCAUUGCAAAGUCAGUAGACGUCUACAGGGAACUGAUCUUUCACCAGGUGUCUGAGGUGAUACGGCUUAAUGCAUUUUAAAUAUCACUAAAGUAAUUGUUUCAAUUAAAAACCUGUUACACAGUUAGAACGGUAGUAUUCCUUGCUAAAGAUACCUCUGCAAUACUAAUAAUUGUAUCUGACUUCAAUUCAACAGUAAGGUAGAACUGUACCUUCUUUCCUCUCUAGUUUAUUAGGGAAGGGAAAUGUGGAGUUCAGGUAGCCAAUUCAGAUGCUGUCAGUGAUUCUGAUAUGUAGUGUGGAUGCAGCCAGGAUGCCAGAGAGAAGGUCUUGCAGUCUGCAUGCCCCUUUUUAUAAUACACCUAUGUUCAGUAAAAGUCACUAAUAAAUCCAUUGGAGACUAGAAGUCUGCUCUGUCUUAGAGUGUGGCUAAUUCUGUAAAACACCUGAAGUUGUGAUGGUGAAAGGAGAAAUAGUGAUCUUUUUUUCUUUGUCAUGAAAUGCAGAAAUGCAAUAUUCAGUCUCUGCACUCUUUUCCUUCCUUCCACCUCUUGCUUAGUCAUGUCACAGAUUCAAAGUCUUCAAUAGGCAGAACAACUAGAAAAACAUACCUGUUUCUGCUGUUAAUUGUAUCAUUACCUGUAACUGACAAUUUAGCCUGUUUUUUUCCAUCAAGCUUCCCACCUAAUUUUCACUGAAAUGCUAAAAACAUGCAAUAGGAAAGAACUCAUGAGAUAGGCUCAUCACACAGGACACAAAAGAUAAGCAGACUGAAAAGAAAUUUUGAGGACUGAAAGCCAACAAUGGACACCUAUCUUGUCCCUUCAGUUAAAGGCGUGUGUGGUUAUAUGAAUGUUCAAAUGACUUCCAGAGAUGAAACUCAGACUAAGAUUGGUGUGACUACUAUUUUUUCAGUCCAUGUAUAACUUAUCCUACGUAUAAUUGUAGGCAGCUGGAGAUAGAGGAGGGAUGUUGGGGGAGGAGGGAAGGUUGUUUCAGUGACCUGUUAGCAUGUGCAAGACUUUUGACACCAGUAACCUUGAACGGGGCACAGAUACUGUUUGCAAAAUUGUUUAGAUAUCUACUUAUUUUUGUGCCAAAAUAUGCACCAGCAAGCAAGCUUAAUAUCAGGUAAAGCACCUUUUAUACUCUUUAUUGUUUAAACGAAUAUAUUUGUGAAACAGAUCGAUAAUACAUAACACUGGAAGUGGGUGCUUCUUUCCAAAAGUACACAUGUAAAAAAAAAAAAAAAAAAAAAACAACAUUUGUGAGUUUAUCUGGCUUUUAAGCAAGUCUGAAAAUUAUAAUUAUGUAAUACAGUUGCCAGUGGUCUGUCCUUUAUCAUUUUAAAUAGAUCUGCAUUUUAAUGUUAUUUAUUUGCCAAUUUUUUGUAUACUUUAGGGUUACACUUUUGAACUCAAGCUAACUUUUUAUUUUCCUAGGCGGUUACAAAACAGAAUUUCAGAAUUCUUGUAAACUGCAGACCUUUUCUGAAUAGUCCUUUGUCUUUUCCUAUGGACCAGUUACCACUAAUGAGUCUGCAGUCCCCUUUUUACUGUACUCUUCCAAUAAAUGUAAAAUAUUUGUA